AUGCACAGCGUAGAUACAGUAGAAAAUAACCACUAUGAAUUACAAUUAAGACAAUUAGUUCGAGAUGAAAUAGAUACUUACAUGAGAAAACUUACUACAAUUUGUAAGUCAAACAAGAUUCCUAUCCAAUGUAUGAUGCCGGCUUCUUCACUAAACUCUGAGGUUAAUGAUUGGUUAUCGCAACAUUUCAUUCUUCGUCAAGAUUAUGAACAAGAUCUUACGCGGUUGACGGAACGACAGACUUUACAUAGUAGUAGUUUUUUAUCAUUUUUUGAUGAAAAGAAAGUCAGCUCAAUCGUCGAAGAUGCAUUGAAGAGAUAUGAUGCUGAUAAAAUUGCUAUGCCUGACUAUGCAUUAGAAUCUGUUGGUGGUUCUGUUAUUAUGGAACGAACAUCACAAACGUAUAUAGAUCGAUCGCCGGUAUUGAAUAUAUUUGGGAUACCAAUACUGAGACUCACAGUAACACCAAAUACAAUUUUGAAAGUAGCUUUUAUGUUACACAAAAUUACAGACAAAAAAUUAUAA